AGUAAAUCUAACGACGACCGUCGUGUAGCCAACGUGCGAAACGGUCACUAAACAAAACAGGACGCCAACUGACCAACGAUACCGACGAAUCAAAGCGUUCUCUCAAUUACAGUUAAUUUUCAGCUGAAUUUUUUUCUGUAUAUAUAAUUAUAUUUGUACUUGGCAUAACGGUAAACUUCAAUUUUAAAAUUUAUUUAUUUAUUCAGGAGAUCAUAAAGAAAAUUUUUAUUGAUAGAACUAAAGCAAUGUUUUUUAUGUUGGUGCACAUUGAAAUAAAUAAAUGAGAAUAGAAAUACAAUACAUGUGUAUUCAAGAAAUUGUUUCGCCCGCUUCUUCCUUGCUUCGUGCCCCUUAUAUUUAAAUACGGGGUUGAGAAAAUGGAUUCGUCUUCUAGUAGCAUAGAAGAGCUGCAAGCAUACUUCAAAACACACAACAAAAUUAGAGAGUAUCAAGCUCACGCAUCGAAAGUGCACUCAGUGGGUUGGAGUUGUGACGGCAGGCGACUUGCGUCGGGAUCGUUUGACAAGACAGUGGUUAUAUUUUUCUUGGAAAAGGAUAGACUGACGAGAGAGUUCACGUUCAAGGGCCACGGAGGAAGUGUGGAUCAGCUGUCGUGGCACGCCUCGAACUGCGACCUGCUGAGCACUGCCAGCGGUGACAAGAGCGUCAGAAUAUGGGACGCCAGGUCCCAGAAGUGCGCUGCCACCAUCCUCACUAAAGGAGAGAACAUAAACAUUUCAUGGUCUCCCGAUGGCAACACCAUAGCUGUGGGCAACAAAGAAGAUCUUGUCUCAUUCAUCGACACCCGCAUGCAUAAGAUCAAGGCAGAAGAGCAGUUCAACUUUGAAGUGAACGAGAUAUCGUGGAACAAGAAGAACAACUUGUUCUUCCUAACAAAUGGGCAAGGCUGUAUCCACAUUCUGAGCUACCCAGAGCUGAAGCUGUUGCACAUCCUUAAAGCUCAUCCUGGCACUUGUAUCUGCAUCGAGUUCGACCCCACCGGUCGCUAUUUUGCAACUGGCUCUGCAGAUGCGCUCGUCUCACUUUGGGAUGUUGAUGAGUUGGCUUGUCUUCGCACCUUUAACAGGCUGGAGUGGCCGGUGAGAGCCAUCAGCUUCAGCCACGACGGCCUCCUGCUGGCCUCGGCGUCCGAGGACCUGGUGAUCGAUGUGGGCGAGGUGGCGACGGGCGAGCGGGUGGCAGACUUCUCCGUGGAAGCGGCGACCUUCACCGUGGCGUGGCACCCCAGCCAGUACCUGCUCGCCUACGCCUGCGACGACAAGGACUCGUACGACCGCAAGCGCGACGCCGGCAGCCUCAAGGUGUUCGGCUUCCCGUCCGACUGACCUGGCCGCUCGUUACUUUCUCAAUAAAUUAUUAUUAUCUUUACUGUC